GGGCGCGGCGCUGAGCGGCGGCGGCGGCGGCGGCGGAGCAGCGAGAGCGGGGCCGGCCGGGCCGGGCCGGGCCGGGGCCGGGGCCGGGGCCGGGGCGGGCGGCGGGGGCCCGCCGGGCGCCCGCCGGGCGGCCGGCGCCAUGGGCACGGUGCUGUCGCUGUCGCCGAGCUACCGGAAGGCCCCGCUGUUCGAGGAGGGGGCGGCCACGGUGGGGCACUACACGGCGGUGCAGAACAGCAAGAACGCGAAGGAGAAGGGCCUGAAGCGGCACUCGCUGAUCUCGGUGCUGCCCUGGAAGCGCAUCGCCGCCGUCUCCGCCAAGAAGAAGAGCUCCAAGAAGGUGCAGCCCAACGGCGGCUACCAGAGCAACGUGACCCACCUCAACAACGAGAACCUGAAGAAGUCGCUCUCCUGCGCCAACCUCGCCACCUUCGCCCCCCCGCCGCCCCCCGCCGCCGCCGCCGCCGCCCUCGCCUCGGCGCAGAAGGCGCCCCCGGCCGCGCCCGCCGCCGCCGCCGCCACCCCGCGCCGGGUCGUGGUGCAGGCGUCCACCAGCGAGCUGCUGCGCUGCCUCGGCGAGUUCCUGUGCCGCCGCUGCUACCGCCUGAAGCACCUCUCGCCCACCGACCCCGUGCUCUGGCUGCGCUCCGUGGACCGCUCGCUGCUGCUGCAGGGCUGGCAGGACCAGGGCUUCAUCACGCCGGCCAACGUGGUCUUCCUCUACAUGCUGUGCCGGGACGUCAUCUCGGCCGAGGUGGCCAGCGACCACGAACUGCAGGCAGUGCUGCUCACCUGCCUGUACCUCUCCUACUCCUACAUGGGCAACGAGAUCUCGUACCCGCUGAAGCCCUUCCUGGUGGAGAGCUGUAAGGAGGCCUUCUGGGACCGCUGCCUCUCCAUCAUCGACCUCAUGAGCCCCAAGAUGCUGCAGGUCAACGCCGACCCGCACUACUUCACCCAGGUCUUCGCCGACCUCAAGAAGGAGAGCGGCUCCGAGGAGAAGGGCCGGCUGCUCAUCGGCCUCGACCGGUGAGCGCCCGCCGCCCCCCGCGCCCCCGGACACGCCGCGCCCGCCCGGCCCGGAGCCGCUCCCGGGGGGGUUUGCCCGGCGGGGAAGCGCGGGAGCCGCCGCCGCCUCUCCCCCUGGGGGGACACGGGGGGUUCGGCCGCCGCCGGACCGGAGCGCAGACCCCCGGUUCCCUCCCGCGCCGCCGCUUUCCAGCCGCCCCCUCCCCAUGCUGCGGGCCCGGGGAUGCUGCGGCUCCGCCGCUGGAUUGAGCCCAGCAAUUCAUGGAUGGGGGGACGAGAACCCCCCCAGCCGAUCUCCAUCGGGAGCGGAGCGGGGCUCCGCCGGUCACCGCAUCACCGAGACAGAGCCCAGGUAAGGGGAAAAAAAAAAAAAAAAAAGGAAAAAAUUCCUGUAAAGGCUCCAGCGCAGGCGGCUGAACCGGCCCGGUCGGGACUCACCGGCAGCACCGGGACAGAGACGCGGGCACGGCCCGGGGACCCCCCCACCCCCUUUCCUCCUUCAUCCCCCCCCCCCCCCCCCCCUUUAUUUAUUUUCUUUGAAGAGACUCGAAUUCCCGAGCGGGUCCGGGUGACGGGAAUCACCGCCACUGUUCAUGAGAUCAAUGUGAAAUGUCUUGUUCCCAUCGUGCACUGGUCAUGAGUAUUGUGUAAAGGAUCUACUUGAGUGUGCAAGCAAGGGGAGCCGCCACAUGCUGCUAUAUGAAUUCUUCUAGAACAAACCCAACGAACUGCAAACCUGCGGGGGGGAAAGAGAAAAAAAAACCCUUCUUUCUUCUGUCAUUGUUGCUUUUCCAGUGGUAUUGCGCAUGCAAACAGGAGCAUUUUGUGUCUUCGGGAAAAAAAAAAAAAAAGGAAAAAACGAUAAAAAAAUAAUAAUCAAAAGAAAAACCUUAACGAGAGAUGGCUGUAAAAUUACACCCAUGCACAAAGACCCGCCACCACCCCGACACCGCAGUCUCGAGCCGGUAUUCCCGUAUCAGGCCUGGGGACUGAGACCUUCUUUUUGGGUUUUAUCCUUUUCUUUUCUCCGUGUGCUCAGUUCUAGUUUAGUUCUGGUCCAUCGGGCGUUAAACUGGCGAACAAGAGGGAGAAAUAACGUGCCAUUUAUUUUUAUUUUUGAUUUUUCACUUGAAGCUCUUCAUGGCUGUACAUUGGACCCUGCUAAUGAUACAUGUGUACGUACGUUUUUUUAGUGCAAUCUCUUCUGUAGAUCUUUGUUGACCAAAUUGGUGGGUAUUGUUACUUAUUAAUUUAUAUUUGUCUCAUUUUGUAUGUAUGUGUAUAGUGUGUUUGUAAGUAUGUGUGGUUUAUAACCCGACCGACUGUGUCAUGGGGCUCAGUGUGCCUGUAAUUUAAUCCCCCCCCUUAUUUUUAUUUAUUUUUGUACUGUGCUGAUUAAAUAAAAAUGCACUGACCAUCCAUUACACGGCA